UAUUACAUUUUUGUUGCUGUAUUCAUUUGAAUUGUUCUUGUUGUUGUUGUUUUAGUUAUGUCUUUGUUGCAGUAUAAUAGCUACGAGCAGUAUGUGGAUCACUUCAUAAGCAUCAACGAUGUGCGCUAUCUGCGUAACUGGAAGCUCAGCAGAGAAUUCAUACAGAAUGCGUGCAGCAAAAGCUGCAUGGGUCGUCUGCUGAGCCGCCAGGAGUACAUAGAUCAGCGCAACAACGAAGAGGGCAUAAUCAAGCCCUUGGGCAUUAGCGCUGUGAUGCUAUUCGGCAGUAGCUAUAAGGGCAACGAUCGUGUGCUGCAGCAGUUUGCAGCGCGAGAGCAGUUGCUGCUCAAUAAGAAAGUUUCGACAAUUAUAUUUCUUAUAACGCGCUCGAGCAAGGGUCUGGAGAUCUCUGGGUUCAUUGAUCUGGAGCAAUGCUUUCGCGAGUCGCGCUUCAGGAACUCGGAACAUUAUGUGGACUGGCCAGCCAUAUUCGAGGGCAAGGCCAAGCUGACGCCACACAAGCAUCAUCUGAGCUACUUUGAGUGGAACACCAGCAAGGUGCGGCUCAACGAUAGCGACAAUUUCAAGGUGGUGCAGGAGGGCGCACACAGUCUGCUGAUGAUGCAUCGUGGCGAUCACAAGAUGAUCUGUGUCAAUCCUGGCUGCUUCUGUUCCUUCGCCAAGAACGCGACCCGCAGCAUGCAUAACUCGAGUAUUUAUGGUCACUGCAUCUUCUUUGAUCAUGUCAUCAGACGCAGCAUUUAGCCAGUCGUGUUAAUUGGGCAUUAAGCUGUCGAACUGAAGUAAUUACAAAUUUGUAAAUACAAACAUGUAUAGCUUUCA